UUUUAUUUUUUGACUUGCCAAAAUGGCAAAUAAAUUAAUAUACUUUUCCCUAUGGCUUCUGAUGUUGGGCCACAUUUGGGCCGAAAAUGGCGAUAUCGUGAUGACCGAUGACGAAGACGAGGAUAUAAACCCCUUGGCUCAGGCCAUACCGGAUGCAGAUGAUAAGGCAAAUGAGCGAGAUGAGCGCCAUAUAAGUUUCAAACUUCAUAGUGCUCCCGCUGUUAGUGCUCGAUAUACAUAUGGAGGAGGAUACGGAGGCAAUCAGCAGCAGCAGCAACAAAUAGUCCAAACUGGUGGUGGUUCCUAUGGUGGAAGCUAUGGUCUAGGCUAUGGCGGAGGCCUCAAGACCAGUGUCAUCGGGGGCAUCAAAAGUACUCUCGGCCUAAUUGGUCUAACCAAGGGGAAUCAGGGCAAUUUCUAUGGCAACAGUGCACAAUUCUUGGCUGCCUAUGGAAAAUGUGCGGCCAUACAAUUGCCACCGAAUGUCUACUCCGAAUGCCAUAGUGGACGUUGCAAAGUCUUUUGUCCCGAUGGCUAUAGCUUUGCUCAGGACACCAAACAAUUGGAUAUGUUUUGCUCAAAUGAUGGUUGGAUUGUGGCCAACUCAGUGUUCACCAAGGUGCCACCAUGUCAGGCUCAAUGUUUGCCGCCAUGCCAGAAUAAUGGCAUUUGUCUCUCAGCCGGCAUCUGUCAAUGCCCAGAGAAUUAUUCGGGCCCACUGUGCCAACACAAGAAAUCAGUGUGUGCAGCCAAGCCGCCAGUGCCCAAGAACUCCAAAGUCUCCUGCAUGAAUAAUCUCUGCCAUGCGGAAUGCAUGCGUGGUUUUCAGUUUCCCGAUGGCAGUGGCAUAACCAAUAUCGAAUGCCGUAAUGGCCAGUGGAUACAUUCCAAGUCCGGAUUGGCCAAGCCGCCAGAUUGUGGACCCACCUGUGCUCCGGCCUGUCAGAAUGGAGGGCAAUGCAUAAGUUUCAAUGUCUGUCAGUGCUCUCAGCGAUAUCGUGGAAACCAUUGUCAAUAUAACAUUGGAAGCUGUAAUGUGACGAAUACCAAUUUUAAUGGCAAUUACAAAUGUGCCUAUGAUCAGGAAGAAGCUCGUUGUACCUUCUCAUGUCCCCAAGUGCCGGGACUUAAAGUUGAAGGACGUUUGGAUAUUGAAUACAAGUGCAGUUAUCAGCAUAGCCAAUAUUUGCCCCAACCAUUGCCGAAAUGCAUUUUCCCUCCUGGUUAUACAAUUCGUAAGGGUAGCACUAGCCAAAAGAUAACCCAACAAGCAGGACAUGUCUAUCAUGGAAGUUUUAGUGGUGAAAUGGUCUCUGAGCUGCGUACCCAACGUGAGACAAUAUUGGCUCUAUUGGCCAAAUAUAGAGAUCUGGAGAGAAGAAGUGAAUGGUGGUCAUCGGAGGAGACUGUGGUCACGUCAGGCAGCUAUUCGUUAUACCAGAGCAGUGAUUUGGAUAUAACCAUUGAUAAUACACCAAAACCGGCGCUUUGUACCACUUGGGGUGGUAUUAAUAUGAAAACUUUCGAUGGUUUGGUAUUUAAGGCUCCUCUGUCCUGUUCGCACACUUUGAUCACAGACAAAGUAUCUGGCACUUUUGAUAUUAUCUUGAAAGCAUGUCCCUAUGGAUCUGGCUAUGGUUGUGCCCAUACCCUGAAGGUUUACUGGCAAUCCGUUCAAUAUACAUUCGAGAAUUUAAAUGGCACCAUACAAUUGGUCACGCCCACUAAGAAACUACCGAUGCCCGUCCAGGUUAUGGGCAUGAAAGUAAUGCCUGUGGCCCAACAUGUACAAAUUGAUUUGGAAUCGAUUGGCUUGAAAUUGGAUUGGGAUCAUCAUCAGUAUGUGGCUGUACAUGCCGGUCCGCAAAUGUGGGGCAAAGUUGGUGGUCUUUGUGGCUCUCUGGAUGGUGAUCAUAGAAAUGAUUUUGUAUCGAAAACGGGCAAGAAAUUGGAAACGGUCAAGGCAUUCACCGAUGCUUGGCGUGUGGAGGAUCGCAGCGAGAUGUGUCGGGUGGAAAAUGGCGCCGAACUGGACUUUGGCCUGGAGUCGUGUGAACAGAAUAAACUCCAAAAGGCUGUCUCGGUCUGCGAACGUCUGUUGGCCAAUGAAAAGCUCUCCGAUUGCAUUAAGCCCUUCAAUUAUGAUGCCUUGAUCCGUACCUGCAUGGCCGACUAUUGCAAUUGCCCGAAUCGUGAUCAUCCAGAGAGUUGUAAUUGUGAUGCCCUCGCCAUGCUGGCCAAGGAGUGUGCCUUCAAGGGCAUUAAGAUGGAACAUGGUUGGCGCAAUUUGGAACUAUGUCCCAUUAGUUGCGGUUUCGGACGGGUCUAUCGUGCCUGUGGCCCCGAUGUGGAGCCCACUUGUGAUUCCGAUUUGGCCAUUAUACCCACCAAGGAUAAAUGCAAUGAGGGUUGCUUCUGUCCCGAGGGCACGGUGCAGUACAAGGAUGCCUGCAUCACACGGGAACUGUGUCCCUGCACACUGCGUGGCAAGGAAUUCAAGCCGGAGGCUACGAUCAAAAAGAAUUGCAAUACCUGCACCUGCAAGAAUGGCCAAUGGAAGUGUACGGAUGAUAAGUGUGGUGCACGUUGUGGGGCCAUCGGAGAUCCACAUUAUCAGACAUUCGAUGGCAAACGUUUUGAUUUCAUGGGCAAAUGUUCGUAUUAUCUAUUGAAGACCGAAAAUAUGUCCGUGGAGGCGGAAAAUGUGGCAUGUUCGGGUGCCCUAUCCGAGGCUCUCAAUUUGGCGGCACCCGAUGAUCCGUCGUGCACCAAAUCGGUGACCAUACGUUUCACUCUGAGGGAUGGCUCGCCGGCGGUGAUCAAGCUGGAUCAAGGACUGACCACAAUUGUGAAUGACAAGCCCAUAGCGAAAUUGCCCAAAAUGUUGGGCUUGGGUGAGGUGUUGAUUCGUCGGGCCAGUUCAACAUUUUUGACUGUGGAAUUCGCUGGAGGCAUACGCAUCUGGUGGGAUGGCGUAUCCAGAGUUUAUAUCGAUGCCCCGCCCAGUUGGCGGGGACAGACGAAGGGCUUGUGUGGCACCUUCAAUUCGAAUACCCAAGAUGAUUUCCUCACUCCGGAGGGAGAUGUGGAGACGGCCAUUGAACCAUUUGCCGAUAAAUGGCGUACAAAGGAUACUUGCCAGUUUCCCGCCGAGACCCAUCAAGGUCCACAUCCAUGCACAUUGAAUCCGGAACGCAAAGCCCAGGCAGAGAAACACUGCAAUUGGCUGUUACAGGAUAUAUUCCAGGAUUGUCAUUUCAUGGUCGAACCGGAGCAAUUCUAUGAGGAUUGUCUAUAUGAUACAUGCGCCUGCAAGAGUGACCUGGACAAGUGCUUCUGUCCCAUUCUAUCGGCCUAUGGCACUGAAUGCAUGCGACAAGGAGUCAAAACUGGCUGGCGAAUGACGGUCAAAGAUUGCGCUGUUAAAUGCCCACUUGGUCAGGUUUUCGAUGAAUGCGGCGAUGGCUGUGCUCUGACCUGUGAUGAUUUACCCAGCAAGGGAUCCUGCAAUCGGGAAUGCGUUGAGGGCUGCCGCUGUCCCCAUGGGGAGUACAUUAACGAUCAGGGCGUCUGUGUGCCCAAACAGAGAUGCCAAUGCACUUUCGAUGGCAUGACAUUCCGUCCGGGCUACAAAGAGGUUCGUCCUGGUGAGAAAUUCCUUGAUCUUUGCACCUGCACGGAUGGUAUCUGGGAUUGCCAGGAUGCCGAAACGGGUGACAAAGACAAAUAUCCCCCGUCAUCCGAAUUGCGUAGCAAAUGCUCCAAACAACCAUUUGCCGAGUUCACGAAAUGUGCCCCAAAGGAGCCAAAGACAUGCAAAAAUAUGGAUAAAUAUGUGGCCGACUCUUCGGAUUGUUUGCCCGGCUGUGUGUGUCUAGAGGGUUAUGUCUAUGAUAUAUCACGUCAAUCCUGCGUCCUGCCCACCAAUUGCUCGUGCCAUCAUGCCGGCAAGAGUUACGAUGAUGGCGAGAAAAUCAAAGAGGAUUGCAAUGUCUGUCAUUGUCAGGCGGGCAAUUGGAAGUGCUCCGAAAAUGGCUGUGAAUCCACUUGCAGUGUUUGGGGUGAUUCCCAUUUCACCACAUUCGAUGGACAAGAUUUCGAUUUCCAAGGUGCAUGCGAUUAUGUCCUGGCCAAGGGUGUCUUUGAUAAUGGCGAUGGUUUUAGCAUAACCAUCCAGAAUGUGCUAUGUGGCAGCAUGGGUGUAACUUGCUCCAAGUCUUUGGAGAUAUCCCUAACGGGACAUGCACAGGAAUCUCUGUUGUUAAGUAAGGAUUCUGCUUACAGUGUUGAUCCCAAUAAGUCGGCCAUAAAGAAGCUACGCGAUAGUGUCAAUUCCAAGGGACACGCCGCCUUCCAUAUCUACAAGGCCGGUGUGUUUGUUGUGGUCGAAGUGAUUCCUCUCAAGCUGCAGGUCAAAUGGGAUGAGGGCACUCGUGUCUAUGUUAAACUGGGCAACGAAUGGCGUCACAAGGUCAGUGGACUAUGUGGUAACUACAAUGGCAACGGGCUCGAUGAUAUGCAGACGCCUUCGUUGGGAUUGGAGACUAGUGCCAUGCUGUUUGGCCACUCCUGGAAAUUGCAACCGCAUUGUGCCGCUCCGGUGGCUCCAAUUGAUGCUUGUAAGCAGCAUCCAGAGCGCGAGACCUGGGCUCAAUUGAAAUGUGGUGCCUUGAAAUCGGAACUCUUUAAGCCCUGCCAUUCGGAGGUGCCACUUGAGAGAUAUUGGAAACGUUGCAUCUUCGAUACCUGCGCCUGCGAUCAAGGCGGCGACUGUGAGUGCCUGUGCACGGCGGUGGCUGCCUAUGCCGAUGCGUGUGCCCAGAAGGGCAUCAAUAUACGUUGGCGGUCCCAGCACUUUUGUCCCAUGCAGUGUGAUCCACAUUGCUCGGAUUACAAGGCCUGUACUCCAGCUUGUGCGGUAGAGACUUGUGAUAACUUUUUGGAUCAGGGAAUCGCCGAACGUAUGUGCAAUCGGGAGAACUGUCUCGAAGGCUGUCACGUUAAACCGUGCGAGGAUGGCUACAUCUAUUCGAAUGACACCUUCAAGGAGUGUGUACCGAAAGCGGAAUGCAAACCAGUUUGCAUGAUCAAGGAGGGUAAAACUUAUUAUGAGGGCGAUAUAACCUUUAUCGAUGAUUGCGCCACUUGUCGUUGCUCGAAGCGCAAAGAGAUUUGCAGUGGAGUGAAGUGUGCCGCUGCACCGCUGCCACCGCUGGCUCCCAUUGUGGAGGGCACCACAUUGCCACCGGUCCUGGCCACACAGAAUCAAACGAAAUGUGUGCGCGGCUGGACAAGAUGGUGUGACAAGGAUAAGGAUAACUCCGAUAAGAGCGUUCGUCUGAAUGAUGAAGAGAAAGUGCCACGCUACGAUCGAAUGGAGAAUAUUUAUGGCACUUGCCUGAAGGAAUUUAUGACCAAAGUCGAGUGCCGGGUGAAGGAGACACAUGAGCCGCCCGAGCAAAUGGACGAAAAUGUUGUAUGCAAUUUGGAGGAGGGUUUGCGUUGCAUUGGCAAAUGUCAUGACUAUGAGCUGAGGGCAUUUUGCCAAUGCGAUGAAGAGCCACUUGAGCCGGCGCCCAAGCCCACCGAGAAGCCACAAAUUGGCAUGACCUGCGAUGCGGGCAUUGUGGAGUACAAGGAUUAUCCGGGCGAUUGUCAUAAAUUCCUGCAUUGCCAGCCCAAGGGUGUCGAUGGCGGUUGGAUCUAUGUGGAGAAGACAUGCGGUGAAUUUAUGAUGUUCAAUCCGACCAUAUUCAUCUGUGAUCACAUAGCCACAGUUCAGGAACUGAAGCCUACAUGUGGUGGCAAGAAACCGCAACCCUUGGAACCCUUGGAACCCAUCAAGCAAUGUCCCGAUGAUAAAAUGUGGUCCGAUUGUGCCAAUCAGUGUGAGCAUAGUUGUCAUUAUUAUGGCAGUAUAUUGAAGAAACGUGGUCUCUGCCAGCCCGGUGAACACUGUAAGCCCGGCUGUGUGGAUAAACUGCGGCCCGAUUGCCCCAAAAUUGGUAAAUAUUGGCGCGAUGAGGACACUUGUGUCCAUGCCGAUGAAUGCCCAUGCAUGGAUAAGACCGAGCAUUAUGUUCAGCCCCAUAAACCGGUUGUGGCUGAGUUCGAGAUAUGCCAAUGUAUUGAUAAUGCUUUCAAUUGUGUGCCCAAUAAACCGGAACCUGUGACAUUGCCACCUUUACCUGAAGUCGAAUUGAUAACUUUGUUGCCCCCCCUGAUACCAGUUACCCAUACGCCACCACUGAAAUGUGCUCCACAGCGACUCAUUCCAAAGAUUGAGAAUGGUCCACAUUCUCUGCCGGACAGCAUAUUCAAUGCUAGCUCAAAACUUGCACCCGAACAUGGACCGCAUAUGGCUCGUUUGCAUAGGGGAAAUCAUCCCAAGGGCAGUUGGUCACCCAAUAUCAAUGAUCAAAUGCAAUAUCUUGAAUUGAAUUUUGGUAAACCUGAACCCUUCUAUGGUGUCAUAAUGGCCGGAAGUCCUGUAUUUGAUAAUUAUGUUACCCUAUUUAAGAUCCUACACAGCCAUGAUGGUGUGGCCUAUCAUUAUUUGGUUGAUGAAACGGAAAAGCCGCAAAUGUUCAAUGGUCCACUGGAUUCUCGUGCUCCCGUCCAGACACUCUUCAAGAUACCCAUUGAGGCGAGUUCUUUAAGGAUUUAUCCAUUGAAAUGGCAUGGUUCCAUUGCCAUGAGAGUGGAACUUUUGAUUUGUAGUGAAGAGGAGUUGCCCCAUUUGCCGGAUUUGCCAUUGCCAGCUCCUCCAUAUGUUCCAGUGACCAGUACAGAGCAUCCAGCUGCUCUAAUUGAGCAAGAAUGCAUUGAUUUGAUGGGCGUGGAUGAGGGCAAAAUGUAUGAGCAGCAGAUACAAUCCUCUAGCCUUUGGCAAUCGUCGAGGAAACCACAACUUUUGGAGCAAUUGAAACUCUCCACACCUCAGGCCUGGCGUCCAUUGACCAAUACGGCAAAUGAAUUUAUUGAAUUUGAUUUCCUGGAACCUCGAAAUAUAUCCGGUUUCAUUACCAAAGGCGGUCCAGAUGGCUGGGUCACUGGCUAUAAAGUUAUGUUCUCCAAAAAGAAGCCCACCUGGAAUACCAUACUCUCGGCCAGUGGUCAGCCACGAAUUUUUGAGGCUAAUGUCGAUGCGGAUACGGAGCGUAAACAUCAUUUCAAGAAACCCAUUUUGACGCAGUACCUUAAAUUGGUUCCGGCCAAAUGGGAAAAGAAUAUCAAUAUGCGCAUUGAACCCUUGGGUUGCUUUAAACCAUAUCCCGAAAUCGCUCGCCAGAUUAUACCAGAGACUAAAGAGCCAACCAAAUGUAAUAUUUGUGAUGACAUUCAAGCACCACCAUCUCCAGCUGGCAGCACAGAAUGUCCAUGCAAGGAUCAACAAUUGUUUUGGGAUGGCAACACAUGUGUCCAGCAUAAUCUGUGCCCCUGUGUGGAGAACUAUGUUAGUUACCCCAUUGGCAAUAAAUUCGAGAAUGCCGCUUGCGAGGAAUGUGUUUGUGUCCUGGGUGGUCAUAAGAAUUGUAAGCCCAAAAAAUGCCCACCAUGCCAAGGUGGCGGAAACUUACGUCCCGUGAUAACUAGCGAUUGCCGUUGCAAAUGUGAACCCUGUCCCAAAGAGCAGAAAUUGUGCCCAUCGAGUGGAGAUUGUAUUCCAGAGGUCCUUUGGUGCAAUGGCGUGCAAGAUUGUGCCGAUGAUGAGGAUGCCACAUGCCGAGAUUCGUUUGCUGUUAAACCAGAGCCAGAGAAGAACAAAACUGAAGUCAUCACCUGCCCGGCACCUGUGUGUCCGCCACAAAUGAAACUGAAAAUCAUUGAAAAGAAGGCCCGCAAAAUGUCGAAAAUAUUUACGUUCUCGAAACAGAUUUCAAUUUUGGAUGAUGGCGAAACGAUAACCAAGACCAAAUAUGUCUCAUCGAAGGAGCAAAUUUUGGCAAUGCCUAGCACUGGUCUGGAAUUACUGGAUUACCAAAGGGACGAGGAAUGCGAUGAGUUCACUUGUGUGCCCAUACCCAAGAUCGAUAAGAAUGAAACGUUUACAUGCCCGGAGCCCAAAUGUCCGGAUAAAUAUGAUGUUGAGUUGGAUUUGAGUACGGCCAAGGCGGGCGAUUGCCUUAAAUACACGUGUGUCCUGCGUCCCAAUAAGGAUGAUGUGUGUGAAAUAAGUGGCAAAAGUUUCACCACAUUCGAUGGCACCCUCUUUAAAUAUGGUCCAUGUAGUCACAUCUUGGCCAGGGAUAUACACAAUGGCAGUUGGUCCAUAUCGGUUCAUCAACAAUGCACGGACGAGACGCGUAAAGUGUGCCACAGGGUGAUCACCAUUAAGGAUAUACAGGCUGGCAAGGAAUUGGUUCUGUUGCCACAAUUGAAAUUGAAAUUCAAUGGAUUUGACUUCACCGUGGAACAAUUAAGCAAUUCACCCAUAUGCAAGGCAUCAUUUGUGGUCUCACAACCGGGUAAGACAUUACUGGCUGUGUCCACAAAAUAUGGUUUCUGGGUGCAACUCGAUGACAUUGGCAUUGUCAAGGUGGGCAUCUCAUCCAAAUUCUUGCGCACCGUUGAUGGCCUUUGCGGCUAUUACAAUGGCAAUGCACGUGAUGAUAAACGUACGCCAGAUGGUCAAAUUUUGGCCAAUACCGAGAAAUUUGGUGACAGUUGGUAUGAUCAGCGUAUACCCAAGGAACAGUGCGGCGAUCUCAAAUGCUCGAGAGCUAUGCAGGCCAAGGCCUUGCAAUUAUGCAAUAUAAUCAAUCAUCCAACUUUUGCACGUUGCCAUAAAUCUGUGAAUUAUAAACAAUUCUCGAAUAAUUAUUGCCUAGAGGCGGCCUGUGAUUGUCUGAAUGCCAAUAAUGGUGAUCCAACGGCCUGUAAAUGCAAUAUCCUGGAAAGUUUUGUCAAGAAGUGUCUGAGUGUUAAUCCUUUGGCACAAUUGAGCAAUUGGCGUGCUGUCGUUCAAUGUGAGAUAAGUUGCCCAUCGAAUUCAGUUCAUUCGGAUUGCUACAAACGUCGCUGUGAGCCUUCGUGUGAUAAUUUACAUGCCGAUGAAUGUCCCAUACUGCCGGAUGCAUGUUUCCCUGGUUGCUAUUGUCCCGAGGGCACUGUGCGCAAGGGACCGCAAUGUGUGCCAAUUGCUGAGUGCAAGGAUUGUGUAUGCAAUGCCAUGGGUGGUUCCAAAUACAUGACCUACGAUCGCAAGAGUUUCAGUUUCAAUGGCAAUUGUACGUAUCUUUUGUCACGCGAUGUCAUAUUGCCGGGUGUCCAUACGUUCCAGGUAUAUGUUAGCAUGGAUAAUUGCCAGAAAUUGGGACAGACUAGUCCAGUGGAGGGCGGAAGUUGUGCGAAAUCAUUGCACAUUUUGAACGGAGAUCAUGUCAUACAUGUCCAGAGGGUGGCCAAUAAGCCGAAAGCUUUGCAGGUUCUGGUCGAUGGAUUUGAGGUGAAGCAAUUGCCAUAUAAGGACAGUUGGAUAACAUUGCGUCAGGUGGAGGGUAAAGAGUUAAAGCUAUCGCUGACCGAAUCGCAUGUGGAAUUGUCGGCAUCUUUGGAGAAAUUGAUCUUUUCGUUGGGUGUGCCAAGUAUUAAGUAUGGCAGCAAAAUGGAAGGACUCUGUGGCGAUUGUAAUGGCAAUGCUAACAAUGAUUUGCAACGCAAUCCGGCCGCCAAGAGGAGCAAGCCAGGCGUGGAAAUCGAUGUCAUCGAAAGUUGGCAAGCAGAUGAACCCAAAUUGGGUCUGCAAGAUGCCCUUGAGUGUCUCAGCGAGAAUGUGCCCAAGGAUCAUUGCAUACCGCUUGCACCCGAAAAGGAUCCUUGCCUGCAAUUCUAUAAUGCGGAGCUUUUCGGCAAAUGUCCUUUGGUGGUGGAUCCGGUGGCUUAUGUCUCGUCAUGCCAACAGGAUAUCUGCAAGCCAGGUAACACCCAGCAAGGAGUUUGUGUGUCCUUGGCAGCCUAUGCUAAGGAGUGCAAUCAACACGGCAUUUGCACGAAUUGGAGACGACCCCAGUUGUGUCCUUAUGAAUGCCCCAGUGAUAUGGUAUACCAGCCCUGCGGUUGUGCCAAGAACUGUGAUACAGUCAAAGCCCUUACCGAAUACGAUGCAGUGAAUCUCAAGGAUCAGGCUGUCUUCCAUACGGUCAAGAGUGAUGAAAUGUGCCUGAGCUCGGAACGCUUCGAGGGUUGUUUCUGUCCCCCGGGACAAGUAAUGGAUGGUGGCAAAUGUAUUCCCGAAGCAGCUUGCACUAAAUGCGAGGACGCCCUCCAUCUGCCAGGCGAUCAAUGGCAAAAGGAUAAAUGUACGGAUUGUCAAUGUGAUGCUAAAGGCAAGACUUCGUGUGUGGUUAAGAAAUGCCAAGUGGAGGAGAAUAUCUGUGCCGAGGGCUAUCAGCCGCAGAAAAUUGUCACCGAGGAGGAAUGUUGUCCACGUUAUCGUUGUGUGCCCGAGCCCAAGGAACCGCACAAAUUGUGCUUAGCCCCCCUAAUGCCCAUUUGUGGACCCGGGCAGUUUAAGAAACAGAAAAACGAUGUCAACGGUUGUCCUCAGUAUAUUUGCGAAUGCAAACCCAAAGAUGAGUGUGAAGAGCUUAAACCACCACGGGAAUUAUUACCCGGUGAGCAAUUGAUUAAGAUCGAAGAAGGUUGCUGUCCCAGUCAGAAGAUUGUCUGCAAAAUAGAUCAAUGUCCGCCGGCUCCAAAGAGUUGUAAGGAGCGUUUCUAUGAACUGAAGACCAAGCACGACAUUGACGACUGUUGUCCCACCUACAAAUGCGUACCUCCCAAACAUCUAUGCAUUGUUCAAUAUGAGAUUGAUGAAUCUACACAAUUUACCAAACAAAUUGGUGAUAAAUGGCUUCAUCCCAAGGAUGUGUGUCGCCAUGAAGUUUGCUCCUAUGGACCCGAGGGCACUGCCCAAAUAUCAUUCACAUCAGAGCAAUGUAAUACAGCGUGUGAGCCUGGAUUCACUUACCAGAAAGUUGAUAACAAAUGCUGUGGCGAGUGUGUACAAACGGCUUGUGUGUUUGAAGGAAAGCUGUAUGCGGCUGAUGCCCAAUGGAAAUCCAUUGAUAAUUGUACCCACUAUGCUUGUCUCAAGAAGGACAAACAAUUGUUGGUUAGUUCCUCGAAAGAAAUCUGUCCAGAUGUUAGCAAAUGCCUGACACAUUUACUAUACCUGGAUGGUUGCUGUAAGAGAUGCAAAGUGGAACCACUUAUCGAGGAUAAAUCCACUUGCUUGCCUGUGUCCCUGGCAGAAUCCCAGACUAAAGAGCUGCUGAAAUUCCCUAAAUCUGGUCAUGGUGUUUGCAUUAAUGCAGAGCCCAUUAAAGGAUUCACGGAUUGUGUGGGCGCCUGUAAUUCCGGUUCGAAAUACAAUACUCUAACCGACAUGCAUGAGAAGUUCUGUACUUGCUGCAGCAUUAAAUCCUAUCAACCGAUCUCAGUGAAAAUGAUCUGUGAAGAUGGUCAUACAUAUGUACAACGCCAUGAGGUUCCCUCCAACUGUGGCUGUUCGCCUUGCGCUGAGAACUCGGAUAGUAUGAUUGAUGUGAGAAUGCAACCUGAUGUUCAAUCCCCACUGCUAAAACUGCUCGGCCAAUAGCAAAAUUAGAUGCUAGAAUAAGUACUUAGGGCUAAGGUCUAAAAUCAAAAAGCAUUGAAAAUAAAAAAAAAAUUAAUUGA